AUGUCAACAAACACAUACAACGACAUUGUGGUGGAGAUCACGGGCCAGAUCGGAAUUAUCAAGCUCAAUCGACCCAAAUCCCUGAAUUCCUUUGGCGGAAAGCUUAUAGAAGAAACAAUAACCGCUAUCCGAGAACUGGAUGAGCAUCCCGACACCAUCUUCACCGUCCUCACCGGCGAGGGGAGGUUCUUCUCAGCCGGUGCCGAUAUCAGAAGUUCUAAUGCUGCCACCUCCAACGGGCCAUUCUCAAACAGGACGGAAGCAAAAUUAGCAUAUAUGACGAGAUUCAACUCAGGGAUUGAAAUUCUCCGCUCGAUAAUUAAUCACCGAAAAGUUUUUGUGCUUGCGCUCAAUGGUCCUGGAGUUGGCGCGGGAGGUGCCUGGUUCACAGGCGUAGCGGACAUCGUGCUGGCCUCCGAUUCAACCUACCUCCAAAUCCCAUUCUCGGCUCUCGGGCUGGUGCCGGAGAACGGAUCCGCAAUCAACUUUGCUCAGAGCAUAGGCGUUCACCGCGCCAAUGAUUUCCUGAUGUUUGGUCGGAAAUUGACGGCCCAGGAAUUGGAGCAGUGGGGUGUUGUUAAUAGGAUUUUCCCCGCGGCGGGAUUUCAUGAUAGCGUGAAGGAGUUUUUAAGAGAGCAGUUGAAGGUCAAUGAUGGGAAGAGUAUGAUAGAGACGAAGAGGUUGCAAAAUGCGCCGCUGAAGGAUGGCCGGAUGUUAGCUGUCUAUAAUGCUAUGGAUGCGUUGGCAGAGAGGUUUGUUGAGGGGGCUCCGUUCAAGAGAUUCGAGCUCAAAAAGGCGGAGCUGGAAGGUAAGUCCUCUUUCUGUCGAGAUAGUCCGAUUACUUGCUAA